AUGCACACGCGCUACAAGCAGGAGAUGGGCAGGUGCGUGUCUGGAUGUCACAUGGAGAGAGCGACUGUGCCCCUGUCUGUCAGCAGCUGGUCAUCUCCUGUCCACAUCCCUGAAAUGGCCACUGACAGCUGCCGUGCCGUUUAUGGCGGGCUCCCAGUAGCCCGCUCCCCUCACAGCGUUCGACUGGACCGUGUACGUGGUGGAAGACAGAAGUACAAACGCCGGAUAGAUGCAGAAAACAGCCCCUAUUUGAACCCUCAACUGUCUCUGCCACCAAAAAAGCCAUAUAACAAGAUUGUGUCUCACUUGCUGGUGGCGGAGCCUGAGAAGAUCUACGCCAUGCCUGACCCCACCGUGCCCGACAGCGACAUCAAAGCCCUGACCACGCUCUGCGACCUGGCAGACAGGGAACUGGUGGUCAACAUUGGCUGGGCCAAGCAUAUCCCAGGGUUUUCCACACUUUCGCUGGCGGACCAGAUGAGUCUUCUGCAAAGCGCGUGGAUGGAGAUCCUGAUCCUGCGUGUAGUCUACCGCUCGCUGUCUAUUGAGGACAAGUUGGUCUACGCUGAAGACUACAUCAUGGAUGAGGACCAGUCCAAGCUGGCUGGCCUGCUAGACCUGAACAACGCCAUUCUUCAGCUGGUGAAGAAGUACAAGAGCAUGAAGCUGGAGAAGGAGGAGUUUGUCACUCUUAAAGCUAUAGCCCUGGCUAACUCAGAUUCCAUGCAUAUAGAGGACGUGGAAGCAGUGCAGAAGCUCCAGGAUGUGUUGCAUGAGGCCCUGCAGGACUACGAGGCGGGCCAGCACGUGGAGGACCCGCGCCGGGCCGGCAAGCUGCUCAUGACCCUACCGCUGCUCCGGCAAACGUCCACCAAGGCAGUGCAGCACUUCUACAGCAUCAAACAGGACGGCAAAGUGCCCAUGCACAAACUGUUUCUGGAGCUGCUGGAGGCCAAGGUCUAACUCUGUGCCCAGUCCCACGUUAUACCAACAGAGAGCUGUAGGGUGUACGUCACUGCCUGCACCCCUUCACCAGGCAGACACUGACUAACUCUCUGCCGCUGUUCGUGAAACCUUUGUCUAUAAACAUUAACAAAUAAUAACUAAAAACAUAACCGUAAUGGUACUUCUAAUUACUGACAAUGAGACAUAAAUAUAAGAUGAAUUUAGAAUGGGAUUAUUGAGAAAAGUAUGAAGUGGAAAAAAUGACUGCUUUCAUCAUUCAGCAGCGGGACUUGAAACCAGCCGUCGACUUGUUCUUCUCGAAAAUCUGAUGCUGAGUUUGUUUUUUUGUGCUAUUGAGACAUUUUGUUGAUUUUCAAAAGAUACGUUUUGGAGCCGAAAAAGACCAGCCCUGCCAAAGGAAGGAGGUCCACCCGGUGGACACCAGCGAGCGAAACUUUCCCCGAACUGUACCGUCCAGCUCCCACGUUGCUGAAGGAAUCUAGGAAUCGCCCCUCUUGUACCAUAAGAGUGUGACUGUCUAUAAUACGUUAGAGGUCCUCGGAGCAGUUUAACAACACGAUAGCCAAACGGAGAUUUUCACGUCUUUGAAGAAGCUGCUCCUCACCAUUACGGAACCAUGUGGAUUGAUCAUGUGUGUGUGUCACUCCCUUGUCGUUUUCUUUCAAGUCUUCCAAACACAUCUAGCCUCUUUUACAGAUAUCAUUUCAGUCUUUUCAGGAAAAAGCCGAAGCUUUAGUCUAUCAUGCAAUACCGAGCAAAGAGGAAUCACAGUGGUCAAAGAACAGACUCAUUUAUUUAUUGACUUGAUUUUAUUAUAUUUUAUUCGAGUGUAUUUUUACUGUACUGAAGGAUGUAAAUAUAUGAUAUGGUCAUCAAACACAAUGUUUCUUCAUAUAAUGUUAAUAAUUGAUUGUUAUGUUUUUCUACCGACCACCGUGUUGCGCGAUUUAUAACCAUGAAGACAAAAACCUGUUAUCUUCUCUAAGCAAUAGAUGUUUAAAAAGUGGAGGUGUAAAUGUAUGCAAAUUUGUUUGCAUUUUUUUUCUUUUUCUUCUUUUUUUCUUAGUG